UCACAUACACAUGAGCAGGAAACAGGAAACGUACUUGUUCCUGCAAAACAGGGAGAAACUAAAAUUGAGAAUCAUGCCUAAUCACAAAAAAUGUAUCAUACAGAAACAAAACUUCAUGCUGUUUUUUGUCCUGUUUCUCGCGGCAGGAUCUGCCAGAUAUGGCACUGCAAAUGAAGAAGCUUCAGGAGAUGGUUCACCCACAUUGAAUGUCGCAGUAACACCUAGACCAGAGACAUCUGCAGUGUAUUUUACAACUGCAGGUGACCAUGAUCUGAAACCUGCCAUCAAACCAACAGAGACUGAAAUAAAUGUUGAAACAGGAAAUAAUGCAAGUACUGAGUUAAAUAGUAUGAAUAAUGACAAAACCCCAGAAACGGCAGGUGUACAGCCUGCCUUAAUGUUUGGCAUUCCUGUGGUGAUACUAGUCCUACUAAUUCUGCUGAUCGUUUUCUUUGUGAUAUGUCAUAAAAGGAAAAAGUCUAAGCAAGAUGAACUGGGAAGUGAAAAUGUCAAAAGUCCUAUUUUUGAAGAAGACACACCCUCUGUUAUGGAAAUAGAAAUGGAAGAGCUUGAUAAAUGGAUGAAUAGCAUGAACAAAAAUGCUGAUGGUGAAUGUUUACCUACUGUAAAAGAAGAAGAAAAGGAAUCAAAUGUCUUCACAAGUGACUGCGAAUCAUGAAGUUCAAACAGCACUGAACUGGUUAAAGGGAAGCUGUGCACAAGGCUCGUAGUCCUAUCCCACAGAUACUACAUGAACUGGAUGUAAACUUAAUUCGUCUCAAACAGCGAGAGAAGCAAAUGCUUUUGUUGUUUCCUGUUGCAUGCAUUCUUCGUAAUGGAGGCAUCACCAAUAAAAACAAGGAAAUGCAUUACAGUAA